AUGUAUUGGCACAUUCUGUCCUUCUUGUUUGCUGUUCAGGAGAUGAAUCAGGAUCUCAGGAUGCUACCCAACAUCACCCUAGGCUACAGCCUCUUUGAAACCUAUUUUAACGGCAGACUGGUUUCCAAUGCAAUGCUAGACAUGCAUUCUGCUGGGGAAAGCCAUCUUCCCAACUAUAACUGCGGACGGCGGAAGAACCUUUUGGCUGUUUUUGAAAGGGCUGAACCGGACAACUCCAUCCAGAUUUCAAGCAUGUUGGGCAUGUACAAAAUCCCACAGGUCAGCUAUGGCUCUUCUCAUAACAAUAAAACUCAGUCCCCUUUUGUCUACCAAAUGCUCCCCAAGGAAGAAAUUCAGUACCUGGGGAUUGUCAAGUUGCUCCUGCAUUUUGGAUGGACAUGGAUUGGUCUCUUUGCCCCAGACAAUGACAACGGGGAAAGGUUUUUGAAUGCCUUGAGACCUCUGAUGAUGAGUCGAGGAAUCUGUGUCGCCUUCUCAGAAAGAGUGGCUCGUGAGACUCUAUAUCUUCACCCUUUCUUAAGAAGCAUCCAGUUGUUUAACACCUCCAGGGGCGGACUCUAUUCAGAUGAGAAGGGGGAUCUGGCAGCUGAUUAUGAUAUUGUGAACUGGGUGCUGUUUCCUAAUGCGUCUCGUGGCAGAGUGAAAGUUGGGAGUGUAGAGAGACAGGCAUCCUCCGAUAUAAAACUCACCAUUAACACCGAAGCCAUUGUGUGGCCCUGGCAGUUUAAGCAGGUAGGGCAAAUGAAUGAUACUAUGCCUCGUGCCAGGUGUACCGAAAGCUGUGAACCUGGAUACGCAAAGGUGGUUCAAGAAGGGCAGCCCAUUUGCUGCUAUGCCUGCGCUCUCUGUGCAGAAGGGACCAUCUCCACUCAGGAAGAUGCAAACCACUGCACCAAAUGUCCAGAAGAACAACAUCCAAACAAGGAGCAAGAUAAAUGCAUCUCCAAGAUUAUCACCUUCCUUGCCCAUGAGGAGCCUUUGGGGAUCACCCUUGGUUUCUUUGCCCUAUUCUUGUUCUUAACCACGUGCUUCAUUUUGGGGGUCUACGUUAAAUAUAUGGAAACUCCCAUAGUCAAAGCCAACAACAGAGACCUUUCCUACAUCCUCCUUGUAUCUCUCAUGCUUUCCUUUUUGUCCUCCUUUCUGUUCAUUGGUCAGCCAAAGAAAGCAACCUGCCUUCUCCGACAAACCGUCUUCAGCAUCAUCUUCUCAGUUGCUGUCUCAUCUGUGUUGGCCAAAACCAUCACGGUGGUGCUGGCCUUCCUGGCUACAAAGCCAGGGAACAAGGUGAGAAGAUGGCUGGGGAAAAGUCUGGCCAACUCCAUUAUCAUUUCCUGUUCCAGUGUCCAAGUUGUCAUCUGCACUAUCUGGCUAGGGAUUUCUCCCCCGUUUCCAGAGCCCAACAUGCACUCCCAGGCUGGAGAGAUCAUCCUGCAAUGCAACGAAGGGUCUGCUGCCAUGUUUUAUGGUGCCCUGGGCUACAUGGGCUUCCUGUCUGCCAUCUGCUUCAUGGUGGCUUUCCUAGCCAGGAAGCUUCCGGGAUCCUUCAAUGAAGCCAAGCUGAUCACCUUCAGCAUGCUGGUCUUCUGCAGUGUUUGGGUGUCCUUUGUGCCCACCUACCUGAGCACCAAGGGGAAGUACAUGGUGGCUGUGCAGGUCUUCUCUAUCUUGGCCUCCAGUGCUGGGAUUCUGGGCUGCAUCUUCCUUCCCAAGUGCUACAUUAUUGUACUCAGGCCUAGUUUGAACGCAAAGGAGCAUCUCACAAUGAAAAUGAAGUGA